ACCCCCUACAAGUCCUCAUUUAAUUUCCCUUUUAGAGUAUUUUUUUUUUUCUUAACAUAGUGCUUUGAGAACGGGGAAUGGAGGUGGGCGGUGGGCAAGUGAAAGAGUUGGCGGUGGCUAAGAAGCAAAAUAUGAGGUGGGCAGAGUUUGGUUUGAGGCUUCUGGCCUUUGCAAACACCCUUGCGGCCGCCCUAGUUCUUGGACUGGACAAGCAGACUAAGGUUGUAGCCAUGCAGAUCAUCCCCACGUUGCCGGCGAUGAAUAUUCCGGUCACCGCUGAGUGGAAAUACAUGUCUGCCUUCGUGUACUUCGUUGUGGUGAAUGCCAUUGCAUGUGGGUACGCCGUUGUCUCCCUGGUCUUAACGUCGGUAGGUAAAGGACAAAAGAGCAGUCGUGUGGCGUCGUUAGUGGUGAUCGUACUUGACCUAGUGAUGGUGGCGCUGCUGUUUUCUAGCGGCGGAGCAGCCUUUGCGGUUGGGCUUCUUGGCUACAAAGGUAACUCUCAUGUGCGGUGGAACAAAGUGUGCAACGUUUUUGGGAGAUUUUGUGGACAAGUUGGAGGUGCUGUUACGGUGUCGCUCGCUGCUGCUGCCUUUUUUCUCUUGCUUGUCUUGCUUGCUAUCAUGAAGCUUCAUAAUAAACAUCAUUAGAAAUUUAAAUUAAAGGUGUUGAAUUGAAGUAAAAUUACUAUAUAUAAUAAUGUUUUUAUUUUCUACUGUACGUGUGGUGAAAGAACAUUUUGAAUGUAAUGUAUUUUGAAUUGAUUUCUUAUGAGCUUGUGUCA